AUGAGGAAUGAGAUGAUCAAGGAGCUGCGUUCUGAUAAAGUCCAUCUGCAACAACAAGUGGCUUAUUUGGAGGAACUCCUAAAGCUGCAGGCAGAGAACAGAGAGAAAACCAUCCAGCAAGCAAAAUCUGAAGAUCAAAUCAAAGAGGAUGAAAAUUGCCCACUGCCCCUCAUGGAUGGAUACCCAGACUGUAAGGGGAAAUUGAAGUGGAUGAAGGAGAUGUGGAAGACUGAUCCUUGUUAUAGCCGUUAUGGGGUGAAUGGGUCUCUGUGCUCCAUCCUCAUCUACCUCAGUGAGAUAGAGUCCUGGUGCCCUGUGCUUCCAGGCCGAGCAGCCCCCUCACCUCAAGCAGAAAACUCUGAGGCGGGUUCUGACCAAGCAGUGAUACGGGACAGUUUAGAUGACCUGUAUCCAUCUCUGGAAAACAGAGUCCAGUUCCGCUGGAUUCAUCAAAGAAUUCAAAGUAUGGGAGAGGUUUGGGUCAAGGCUGGACGCUCUCUCUCAGCCAAAUACAACCUCACAGAUCGGAAAGCCAAACACAUCUUGGUGCAUCCCGGUGCGGUGACAGAUGAGUCAGGUUUUAGAAUAGCAGAGGCUGCCUUCAGUGGUGGCCCUCUUGGAGAACUAGUCCAGUGGAGUGACCUCAUCUCCACACUUCAAAUCUUAGGUCACCAUCUUCACCUUUCUGCCUCCAUACCUGAUCUCAAGAGGUGAGUACCUGUUUUGCUAGGGAUUAAGACAAGCGGUUGCCCACCUCAUUCAAAAGUGGAAGUAAACCUGAUCUAUACAGACAUUGUUGGCCUUAAACAGUUUCAGAAUGUACUCAAGACAUCCUGGAUCAAAUACAAAUGUAUGAUUCGUGUGUUGGAUACUUUUGGCACUGAGCCAGACUUCAAUCAUGCAGUUUGGGCUCAAAAACACAACCUUGGGAGUCCAUUUGGUGGCCUCAAUCUGAUCCCAGCGCAGUUCUACACCAUGUUCCCACAUACACCAGACAACACUUUCCUGGGCUUUGUGGUGCCACACCAGCUGAACGCUAAAGAAAGUGAGCAGACCAGGAGACAAAACCAGGCUCUCGUGUAUGGCAAGCGCGCCGAGUUUUGGGAGGGUAAAGAGUCUUAUCUGGACAUUAUCCACAAGUACCUGGACGUCCAUGGGACGGUUGACGUCAGUUCUCGCAUUCCAAACUAUGUGAAAAACCAUGGCAUUAUCAGAGGGACUGAGGUGCAGGCCCUGUUGAGACAGAGCAAGGUUUUUGUGGGGUUGUCGUUCCCAUAUGAAGGCCCCGCCCCUCUGGAGGCCAUAGCCAAUGGCUGUGCUUUCCUGAACCCAAGGUUAUUCCCCCCGCAGAGCAGCUUGAACUCACAGUUCUUCAAAGGAAAGCCCAACAUCAGAGAGGUGACAUCGCAGCAUCCUUAUGCUGAGGCCAUAGGAGAACCCUAUGUAUGGACGAUAGAUAUGUACAACAAAACAGAAGUGGAGAAAGCUCUCACUGCUAUACUCAAUCAAAGUAUUGAGCCCUACCUUCCCUAUGAGUUUACCUGUGAAGGAAUGCUCCAGAGGGUCAAUGUCCUGAUUGAAAAACAGGACCUCUGCUCGAGCACAGCGAGCUGGCCCCCACUGAGUGCGCUCCAGGUUGUGCAGGCAGAGGCAGGCACUUCCUGUAAACAGGCAUGCCAGAAGAUGGGGCUGAUCUGUGAACCUGCCUUCUUCCCACAUCUCAACAGCACCAAGAAUCUUGCCAACUACAGUGUAGACUGUCAAACAUCAGAGGUUUCUGACAGUGAUCUGGUUCUCCCAGCCCUCAACAACACUAGUAAACACUGUCUGCUCCAGUCUGAUCCCCUGCUCUUCAGCUGUGUGAGAUCAAACCAGUCCCUGAUUCGCAUCUGUCCCUGCAGAGACUACAUUAAGGACCAGAUAGCCUUAUGCAAGGCAUGUAUCUAACUGCUGUACAGGCAAUGAAAACGUAUAUAUGUGUAUGUCACUCAUGUCACAAACUGGGCCGCACAGCCAUGA